CCCUGCCUGGCCCGGCCUUGAUCGCGCCGAGGCCGAACAGCUCGCUGGCCACGUAUGACCGGCGCCUUUUGGCUACUUUUUGCCCAGCCCGCUUGCCCACCCUCCGAGCCCGCUCUCCGGGCGCUCACCUCUCUUGGCCGCUCGCAGGGUCCCUGGGCCUUCGCAGCUUCUCCCGCCAUAAGACAGAGCCGUUUGUGGCCGUCGUGGGUGCACACCCUUUCCCCAAGGGCUUCCCUCUUCAGCUCACCCGGUCUCCGGAGUCCGACCUCAGGGACUGCGAGGCCGCGCCAGACAGCUCUGGGUUCAAGGUCGGGAUCUUGGGUCUCAGUUACGUAACCUCUCCGAGCCAGGACGUGAUCGUGUUUUCACCUGAAUGAGAAAAGCAUGGGAAGUAGAAACAGUUUGAUAGAUGACGCGAAGGCCCGCUUAAGAAAACAUGAUGUUGGGACUAAAUAUUCUCACUUGAUGUCUAACAAAUUUUCCAUCCUUUUACCGUUGUUGGCUAAAGAAGGAAAACUCUACCUGUUGUUCACCCUUCGGUCAGAGAAGCUGAGAAGGUCACCUGGAGAGGUCUGCUUUCCUGGAGGCAAGCACGAACCUACAGAUGCGGAUGACGUGGCCACGGCUCUCCGGGAAGCCCAGGAGGAAGUGGGGCUGCAUCCUCAUCAAGUGGACGUCACCUGCCGCCUGGUGCCAGUGCCGUUUGAUAGAGAUACAUUGAUAACCCCUGUUGUAGGAUUUAUAGACUCCAACUUCCAGGCCAAGCCUAACCCCGAUGAAGUUAAGAAUGUGUUCCUGGUGCCUCUGGAAUAUUUCCUGCAUCCCAGUGUCUACCAGCAGAGUCACCUUACGCGCUCUGGUCAUCAUAUUAUUAUUCACUGCUUUGAGUACACAAAUCCUGAAGACGGUGUGACUUAUCAUAUCUCGGGAGUGACUGCAAAAUGUGCCUUGUUUGUUGCCUUAAUUAUUUUGGGAAAAAAACCCUCCUUUGAGGUUGAAUUUAAUCUCAACGAUCUGAUGUCAUCCUCUGAAGAGUCUUCACUGAAGCUUCAUAAACAUGCUACAAGCAAGUUAUGAUUUAUGAGACAACACCCAAAUAACUCUCUAAGAGGUGUUUGUGUGGGCUUAUACACAGAAAAACAAUAAUGCCAACUGUUGGAAUUUGACAGGUACAAAUAUGUUUCCUGCAAUAUGAAGGUAAAAACCUUGCCUUUUUUCCAGUUCCUUUCUACUAUCUGAAAAAGCAAAAGUCUUUAAAAAGUAGAAAAAUGGGGACUUCCCUGGUGGCGCAGUGGAUAAGACUCCAUACUCCCAAUGCUGGGGACCCGGGUUCGAUCCCUGGUCGGGGAGCUAGAUCCCACAUGCGUGACGCAGCUAAGAGUUCACGUGCUACAACUAAGAAGCCCACCUGCCACAACUAAGACCUGGUGCAAGCGAAUAAAUAAGUAAAA